UUGUCUUUAUACCAUGCCGAUUUCCGUCUUUUGGUGUCAAGCUGUACGCUAAGAUGUCGCUCGUGAUUCCUGAGAAGUUCCAGCACAUUCUUCGUGUCAUGGGCACGAACAUUGACGGCAACAGGAAAGUUAUGUUUGCUAUGACUGCGAUCAAAGGUGUUGGUCGGCGUUAUGCCAACAUCGUUUUGAAGAAGGCGGACAUUGACUUGGACAAGCGAGCUGGAGAAUGCUCGGAAGAGGAAGUUGAAAAAAUUGUCACUAUUAUGGCCAAUCCCAGGCAAUACAAAAUUCCCGAUUGGUUCCUCAACAGACAGAAGGACAUCGUCGAUGGAAAGUACUCACAGGUAUGCAUCUGUUUCUUUCACGAAAGAAAAGGACCAGAUUCCGAAACACAUGCUUUAUUGUUGAAAAAUGACUUGGAAAGGAUGAAGAAAAUCCGUGCUCACAGAGGGCUGCGUCACUACUGGGGUCUCCGUGUACGUGGUCAGCACACCAAGACUACAGGUCGUCGUGGACGCACAGUUGGUGUAUCGAAAAAGAAAUAAACUUUUA